AGGGAGGAGAGAAAAGGAGCGAAGGAAUGUCCGAGCUGAGGCAUUGUGUUCGGUUAUCGCAGCAGCAGGGAGAGGAGGGCGUGGCUCUGCUGGGAAGUGGAAACCCACUGAGGAGGAGGCGUGACUCGCUGACUUGGAGAGACUCGGAGCGGCUCGGCCAUGUGGGGAUGAGAUGUGAUAGAUUCAUCUGGAUCACAGGAGGAAGGAAAACAACGCGUAGACGUAAGCUCAUUUAAAUUCCUGGCAUUUUGGAAAACUCUUCUGCUCUGAAAUUGGAUUGCAAACUUAACAUCCUGAUGGGAGUUUGACUGACCACUUCCCCUCAAAUCGAUCUGCGUUGACUCCUCUUCAGUCCCUGAGUGCCUGGUUGACAUCCUGGUUGACAGAUUGGAUAUUUUAAUUUGACACCUGACCCAGUUGAGGAUGAGCGGAGCAGGAGACGUGGUGUGUGAAGGAUGGCUGCGAAAAUCCCCUCCGGAGAAAAAACUGCGACGUUAUGCAUGGAAAAGGCGGUGGUUCGUCCUGCGUAGUGGUCGGCUGAGUGGAGAACCAGACGUUCUGCAGUACUACAAGAACCAGCAUUCCCGGCGGCCAAUUGGGACCAUCAACUUGAAUCUGUGUGAGCAGGUCGACGCCGGCCUCUCCUUCACUAAGAAGGAGCUGGAGAGCAGCUUUGUCUUCGACCUGAGAACCGAGGAGAGGACCUGGUACCUGGUGGCCGAGUCUGAGGAGGACAUGAACCGCUGGGUCACGUCCAUCUGCCUCCUGUGUGGCUUCAACCCUACCGAUGACGCUGCAGAAAGACAAUUAAGGUCCAACUCUGCCUCCACCUCCGUGACUGCAACCAGAGGCACGCCUACUAUCACCAUGGUGAUGGGGUCCAUCCCACCCCCAUACGACCCUGUGAAUGUGCGUCAUCUGGAGCACGAUAGCGGUGCAGAGAAUGACUACCUGUGGCUAUCAAACUGCCAGAGUCACACCAGGCCUGCUUUGGGUUCAUCCACCUCUCUUGAGACGGACUACAGUGGUAACCUCGACCCUCCUCCCUUGGCCACCUACUCCUCCUCCUCUUCCUGCUCUUCCUCUUCUUCUCUUCCUCCAACCAGCCUUCCACCUCCAUCCUCAACCGGGUUCAGGUCGGCUCCUUGGACAGUGGUCGCCAUGGCGAGCCCCCUCAGCCAGUCCCUGGACGCCACCAUGACUUCCGACUUCCAGAAACGAGCCGCCCGGUCUCACGGCCACCCCUCCCCUCAUCCCAGGAAGCACUCCUUAGAUUUCCACCUGCGUCCAGCUGCCAUAACACUCAGCGAUGACAACCGCCCCAACGCUCAUCCUUCAAGCACCACGAGUGGCUACCAGGUCCCCCGUCCAGCAUCCACCCCUCAGCCGCCUCCCCCACACCGGCCCUCUUCUACGCCUAGCGUGGACUCGCUAACUCAGGCCGAGCUCCACGCCGCCAUCCCGCCUCCUCCUCCUCGGCCGCCCAAGCCCCCCACCGUCACACUGCAUGGAGAGAUCGCCGCUGUUGACACAGGGCCUGGUGCACCACCAAGAGCCAACUCUGAACCAGAGAGGAGAGAAGAAGGCAUCAACAGAGGAGCGCUGACAAAAGGGAGCGAAUCUGUCUUCAUUCCUCGGCCUCAGUCUGACAGAGCCACCAUGUUUGAGUUCAGCGAGAGCUUCAACACCUACUUUUUUAAUAAAGGCAUGGUACCUCUGGGAAGCCUUUGUUCUGAAGAUGACGACCUGGAUGAAAGUUAUGUUCCCAUGAGCGCCUCCACCAAUGAGCCACCGGUUGCACCGAGGGCUAAUCCAGGGGGUCCAUCAGACUUUACUGCUGAGCUCCAAGAUGGCAACUACGUCCCAAUGACUCCAUUGACCUCCUCCCUACCUGCUUAUCCCAUUGCUGCUACAGGUGACCUGGCAUUGCUGGGGAGGCAAGUGCCUCCGCCGGCCCACAUGGGUUUUCGUAAUUCCACAAUGACUCCAGUCUUUCCCUCCACCCCGCCCCUGUGGAGGAAUACAAUGCACAACACCAGCGUAGGUGAAGCUGAAGUCGUUCCUCCUCCGAUCCACCGCAACCUGAAACCUCAGCGAAAAGGAGUUUGUGGCAGUCAGUCUGCGGAGAAGAACAGCAGCCAGAUCCCUGCAGAGGCCACACAUAAAACAAAAGUAAAACCAGCUCCUCUAGACAUAACUCCGGUGUCGCAGGACUGGCAGGAAGUCCCGCCUCCUGUUCGCUCACCUGUCACUCGGACCUUCACUCGGGGUCCGUCCAUUCGUGGGUCAUUCUGGCCGAGCUCGGCCCAAAGCUCAUCCCCAUCCUCUGAUUCUGAUGACCCCGACGACAGCUACGUAACCAUGGUGACCUCCAGCCUCAGUCAAAGUGCUGGGGAGCAGUCGCUGAGGAAGAUGCUGCACCGCGGCUCUGAGGGUGGAGUCAGCAGCCCGUUGGUACAACGAGCUGAAAAACAGGUGGAGUAUCUGGACCUGGACCUCCACACAGGACGAUCGACACCAACAAGACAGAAACGCUCCACAGCAGAAGGUGGGCCCAGCAGCAGUGAUCACGCUGCAGCAGGUGAUGAACGAGCGCGCGGCGACCGCAGGCGGGUGGACUACGUGGUGGUGGAUCCCAAACGGACCAAGGCCCUGAAGAACACCCGGGAAGCGUGGCAUGAUGGGAGGAUGUCCACAGAGAAAGAGAAAAGCUAGACAUGCUGGGGCAAAAAAACUCCCAGCUGUUUGGAUUAACUUCCUCACUAUCAGACAAACAGACAUCAAUGUUUGUUUAAAGCAAUAAAUCUUGUUUUCUUUCUUCUUAAAGGGGCAGUAUCACGUAUUUUGUAUCAAGUACCUAUGUUACCUUCUGUUGUAAAAAUUCUACUCAUGUCAAGUAUGACGUAAAAAGAAAAAAAAACUUUGUAAAUUUAAGCUUUGAAAUUGGGCCUCUGUGUGUUUAAUAGACUCCUGCUCUUUCUUUCAGGAAGUCGUCACAACAUGGCUCCUCCAUUAACCCUUUAGCAUCGUUUUCACCAGCGUUUCACUGAAACUCUCAGCACAUGUGCAGUUCCACCAGGUGUUUGCUAAUUUCUGCUGGCUAGUCUGGAGGAGCUUAGUGGGGGAGCUGCUGAGUGGGGAAAAGAGGCGACAUGCUUUCGGUCCCUUCAGGCGUUUUGCACAGCUGAAUGGUUGCCAUGGAGAUUAAAGGAUUUCUCAAACAUGCUUGAAAGAAUGUGAUGAGGGAAUAAUAUAACAUGAAGUAAAGCACAAAAACGUAGAUUUUUACAUGAUACUGCCCCUUUAAAAGCUCAACCAGAAUGUAAAUCACAAGUAGCUCAUCUGAAUUUUUUUUAGCAUCCUUGUGGUAAAAAUAAUUUAUUUUAAAUUGUACAAUUACACUCCAUGGCCACUUUGUUAGACACACCUCAGUAACGCAAUUUGUAUCUAACUUUAGAAAAGCAUUAAUUCUUCAUAGCUUAGAGAUUUAAUCUAUGUUACCAGAACAACAUCAUCAUAUUGCUGCUGAUCCACUUUUAUUAUAUUUAUUCCAAGUUCUGACCAAACCAUCUGGAUGUGUGAAUAUUUGCACCACAGUUGCCUUUUCUUUCACCUUAAACCUCACAGCUGCUGCUCACUGUGGAUUUUCUGUUUUUUGAAUCAUUUUCUAUAAACCUGAGACGUGGCUGUCUGUUUAAUUUACUAUUUCUGGUAAUAAUCAGUCCACCUGGUGUACCUAAUAAAGUGGCCAGUGAGCGUAAAUCUUUGCUUGUCUAAAAUAAUUUACAUUAACUACAUUUUAGGCAACGUUGAUGCUAUGUCUCAUGGAGGGAGUUUGAGUAAGUUUUUCUGACAUAAGUUCAAACAAGACGCAGAUUUUAUUUCGUGUUUCUGCUGAUUAAAGUUUAGAAUAAAACAGAAAUUAGCAUUUUUUUAUGUGUGUUAAAACAUUAACAACAAAUGUUUCAUAAAUUAGUGAUGACUGCAGGAUUUGUGUUUUAAAGAUAUUUUGGGUGAUAUGAGUUUUAUGAUUAUUUGUCUUUGAACAGUUGGAAUAAUACAAAAAACGCCUUACUGACGUUUUCAAGAGCAAAUAAGCUUAAAUUCUGCUUUGGUCUUUAUUUUAUCUUACAUUUGAUUUAGCAUUUUGACAUUUUUUCAAAGAGAAGUAUUAGAAAAAAGUAACAUUGCUGCCCUGGAAACAAUCCUUUUCCAGAUGUAAUAUUCGGAAUAAACCUGUAACAGACAAGCGUAGUUUAUCCAGUUUAAUUUAGUUAAUUAUCACACAAACAUUACCUGCAGGCAUUUAAUUGAAAUAAAUGUAAUUCAAGUUAAAAUCAGUUGUGUCAAAACAAACAAUGUUAUAUUUGAAUUACCUUGAUGAAUGUUGGCUUAGAUACAUAAUUAACUAUUAAAACCGUAAAUAUGGACAAAAUAAUUCAGGCUAUUUUACAUCAAUUAUAAUCAUCAGUAUCAUGUUUGUUCCAGCCUGAAAAAUGAAACUAAGGGACAAAGUUGAUGUUGGCAUCUCUUAAGAUAUAUAUACUUCUCAUGCUACUUUUGUUUAUGUUGUUAUCAAAACCCAGAAGUAAAAAAAAUGUCAAUCGCAAUAAAAAGAAGAAAAUCAUCUCAGGGUUUUUUCCAACAUAGUUUUAGCGAAACAUCUCUUUAAGCAAUUUCAAAAUCUAAAAACAAUUAUCUGAAAGAAUCCACACUUGUAGGUCACAUCACCAUCAGCAGAAACAAUAAAAUCCAGCAAAAUAUAAUAAAAAAAGUGUCAAAUAUUGAAAACAAAAAAGCUGUGAAAUGUAAAUUCUAUGACUUUAUAGUGUUAAAUUUGGAUAUAAUAUUUAACUGUUGAAUAUUGUGAUUAAAGAAAUAAAAUAAAAUGCAUAA